GUUCUAUAGCGUCGCAAAAAUUGAGAGCUGCUGCUGCUGGAAACUGCUGCUGCAGUGCAGUCGGGACCCAUUGAAAUGAGUCAGUCACCAGAAAUCCUAUGACCUAGGAGCAUCACAUUUUUUGAAGUGCGUGGGGCCUGUGCAAUUGUGAAAUCUCCACCACCAGGUCGAAGUGGAGACAUCAUCCAAUAUGUCCAACAAAUCAGACCAACAUGGCCACGGCCACUACCUCGGCUAUGACUCGCCCCGCUUCGCUCGGUCUCAUCUACGGUCAUUAUUACAAUUGAAUAUUAGACACAUCAAGUCAGAAGAAAAUGUGAUGCGGCGGGAAGAAAAAAAUAGCCGGCGCGACAUCAUUGAACCUUAUGGCCUUAUGGGCUUGGGUCUUAUUUUUGUUUUCUGCCUCUUGCGCGUUUGCAUCCCUGACAGAAUUUGAGUAUGUGUGUGCUGUCUCAGCACAGAUUGGUCUAUUAAAGUCAAUCGCCGCUCUCUGCUGAUGGUCUUGGCGUCGGUAAUCCCCAAUGGAACUCAUCAUCACACUCGAGGGUAUAGGCUAUACAUCGGGAGCGGGGAUUGCGAGAGGAGGGUUAUCAGUUAUCACUGGGUUUUCCCACCAAUAUACCUCAUUGCUGGACAAAAUGUCUCAAUUUCCUUGUUUUUUUCAUGUUGUCGACGGCUUGAUGCUAUUGUUGCACACAUCUGAUUUUGAUUUUGCUUUUUCUGUGAGUGUUUUUGCUGGGGAGCUUUUAUAGGGGCAAGAGUGGAAAAAGGCGCACAGCUAUUGCGUUUAACAUAGACGUGAUGGUCGACCGAUCAUAGUGGAUAAAGGUUGACUCGAAAAUAUAUCAGAAUAUCAGGUUAGCGGAAUUUAACAAUUGGUGUUCAAAGAAUUAAUCACGUUACAGUUAAUUUCAAUUUUUAUUCUUAAAAUGGACGACUUGAAAUCAUGGAAUGCUAAGUUUCAGUACAUCUUUUGAUCGAUUGCACUUUGCACCCAAUUGCACCUCAACUUCUGACAUGUGAUGACAUCCUCUGAUUUGUCUACGAGAUCGGAGAUUUUUUACUGAAAUUUCCGUUUAAACUCUCAAAAUAAAUGGUCUCUGAUUAAGCCAUCUAGGUAACAUAUUUAAUUGAAAAUGGCAGAAAGAAAACAGAGGCAGAAACGCAAAUUUUAUCUCUGAAACAACGCAAUGGCGAAAGGUCAUCGUCGUUGAAAAAAAAAAAGUUUCCCAGGCUCAUCUCGCAUAGCAUAGCCUCCCCCCCCCCCCGCCCCCCCCCCCCCACCACUCACCCUCUAUCCUCAUUGUCUCCUCAUUUGACGUCUUUCAAACAGGAGGUUAGGGAAGGAGAAAUUAACUGCGCAAUUUCCUCAAGUGCAGUUUACGGUUCGUUACUGGGCAGUGAAGUCAUGCAGAAGGAGUUUUGGUUUAGAUUCAAUUGAAUUUCCGCCAAAGAUGGCUAAUAACAAAAUCGGUAGCAACAGCAGCAGCAAAAGUGAAGGAAAAUCAGCUGGAAAUGGUGAAGUCGCCGAACCAAAAAAGACGUUAGCCUCCCGUAAAUCUAUUCGACUGGGGACAAUCGUCUGGGCUAAGCUAGAUGGCUGGCCUUGGUGGCCCGGAAUCGUUGUAACUCACAAUGACUGUGGGCUGCCACCUCCGAGAAAACCGACUAGUUACUGGAUAUUUUGGUUCGGCGGCCAUCAAACCGUGUCAGAGAUGCCGGCGGAAAAACUGGGCAGUUUUCUAGAUGACCGGUUGGCCAGCCUGUUAAAUCAAGCUUGCAACAGCCUCUAUGAAAGAGGAGUCUUAGAAGCCCUGCGGGCACUCGCCUUUAACAGAGAUCAAACGAAAUUAGUUAAAGGCACGGCUGACAAAUUGAAGGCGUGGGCCAUCAAACUCUUGGCGUCGUCAAAGAGCACCAAAAGUCGAGAUGUGGUCUUGGACGAGUUCCCGAAAUGGCUGCAACGUUCCAUGGACCGGAUCAAAGACACCAACACCAAGUUGAAGAGGAUCGCCAACGAGAAAAAGGAGUAUCGCCUGUCACUGUUCCAGGGCAGCAACAACAUGAAGUUAAAGAAGAAAAAAAAUUCCGGAGCAGAUGAUUUCACUUACGGCCCGCGGGAUUGCGACAUUGCCGUGGUGGACAGGAUCAAGGCCGGAACUUUGGACAUGGAUUACUUCUGUCUCGGUUGUCAUGUGGAAAUUAUGGGCCCGUGUAUGGAACAUCCGCUCUUCUUUGGAAGUUUAUGUAAUCGCGAAUGCAAGAAUGAACUUCUCGCAACGAGUUACAGCAUUGGAGAGGACGAUAUUCACGUGAGUUGCGCCAUCUGUGGUUCCACGGGAAAUUGUCUGGUAUGCGAAAAUAGUUCAUGUUCCAGAGUAUUUUGCUCGUAUUGUGUUGAGCUGCUGGUUGGUGAGGGAUCAAUGUCCGUUAUCAUGCAGAAGACGCCAUGGUUUUGCUUCCUCUGCGCCAGUUUCACGGCAGAAUCCCACGGCCUCCUUCACCCCCGCUCCGACUGGGCCAUGAAACUGAGAAGUUUCCUUCACCAAGAUUUACCCGUCCAACUGAACCGGCAUUUGUCCAAGAAAGGGCAACCUGCUCUUCGUGUCGUCGUACUUCACGACAAUCUCGGAGCCGUCAACUACGCCCUUAAUUCACUGAGACUUGAAUUGGAUCAGUAUUGGGCCUACGACCGAUGGAACGAAGUGUACGAACUCAACGGCGUUGAAUUCGCAGUCCUGAAAAACGCCAAUCGAAUGAAGGACGAAGAAUGGGCCAAAUUGUGUCCCGUUCAUUUACUCGUUUCUUGCCUCCCUGCCAAGAAAUUCGAUCCCAAGCGUCACCAACCCGCCGGCCGAGAAGUGGGUAGAAGACAAUUUUCUGAAGGAGAGUAUGGAGAGGCUUUUUUCGAUUUCUACCACGUCAAGAAUUGCAUCGAACGCAACAACGAGGAAACGCCACUCUUGUGGGCCGUGGAGAAUGUCGCCUGUUACCACAUAAUCAUUUCGAGAUUUCUCCAGAUGGAACCGAUCACAUUUGACAUGAAGGAUGCCCAAGGCUCCACCAAACAUCGUCUGGUAUGGACUAAUAUUCCUGAACAGAAUUUUAAUCCGCAAUUGGAGCAAGUCAUCAACAACGACCAUUCGUCCAUUUCCUGUCUUCCGCUCAGCCGAGAGCCUUUUUUCAUCAAAUACCCUUGGAUUCUUGAAGAUAUCGUGGCCAUAAACCAACCUCUGCCAGCCAACUGGCAGGAGAAACACGACCGGAUGCUUUUCCAGCGCGAUACCAGAAGCAAGAUGAAAACAAUUAAAGCUCCAGCCUAUUUGGAGCAUUACUCGGUCGUCCAGCUGACCCAGAAAACGGCCAAGAAGAAAAGGAAAUUGAGCAGCGAUCUCCGCCCGUGUUGGAAACUUCGCCAAGCCGUCGGCAGUGCUGACGAGAACAGCGACGGAAUAAGUGACGAAACGGGCCAUUUCAUCGCUGCUCUUACAGAUCACGCCACUUACGCCCGAUCGCUGGGUUUCCCCGAGCCGUUUCCGCAGUACGUGUCUCAUUUGGAAGAAGCUGAAGUGCAAGAAAGAUUGAAUCGCAGUUUACCAGUGUCGUUGUGGAUUCACAUUUUUCAACCGCUGUUGAAGUUGGCCCGUGUCGUUGGCCCGAAAUAAGCCGUGGAUUUUUAUUUACACUUCGCUCCAUUCACAGAUGGAAAUGCCAUAAUAUAGGAUGGAAUCGGGAUCAUCAGUUUGGGGGAUCGACUCGGAACGCGAGCGAUAAACGGUUCCAUGCAUCCAUCCGAAACGUGAAGAAUAGAACUGGAACAGUCAAACAAAUUUUUUUUUUGUUUUAAAGAAAACGAAAAUGGUUUUUUUUUAUGUGCUUGAAUUUCAAUCGUAUUUUCUUUUUUAAAUUUAAUUUUAAAAUAAAGCGAAACUGGCCGGAGGACAUUUUGAAUUGCUCCAAUGGGUAAUCAUUCCACGUCCACUCGACCAGAUAACCCAAACGCAUCGCUCGGCAAACGUCUGGGAUGUCCCACGACAAAUUCUGGAGCGACGGCCAAACAUCAGAAAAUUCGCAUAGUUAUUAUUACUCGGUGGCAUCAUCAGAGACACGAGACCUCGAAUUUGUUCUAUUCUACAAAAUUUGUUUCCCCCCUCCUCUGUUGUUUUCUCGAGUUUAUUUUGAUUUCUAUUUCGGGAUUCGGGGCUCGACAAUAUUUAUCGAGAAAUUGAACCGAAGAAUGUGCAUUCGCUUUAAUUUUUUUUAUAACAAUUCGUAAAAUUUAUAAGAGAUUUGAUACUUUUGAAAAAUGGAUAUUUCCCGAAGUUGUUUGGACAGUA